AAAUACUAACAAGGUCUAGCUCGCAUGUUACUUUAGCGCGUUCCGCUUAAUGAGCAGUAAUCUGGUACCCUACGUGCCAUUGUUCUGGGAUAUGUUCAUUUGAAUAGUCGAGCGCAGGAGCGAGCGGCUGCUCACCCCGAGUCCCCGGGCGGCGCAGCGCCAUGGCGAGCUCGGGGUCGCUGGAGACGGUCAUGCCUUCCUCCUGCCCCCGGCACGACGGCAGGGCCGCCGCCGCUAACCCCUCCAAGAGCCUGGCCUUCUCCAUCGAGCGGAUCAUGGCCAAGACGUCGGAACCCAAGCCGGCCUUCGAGCAGAGGCAAGGCGGCCCGGGGCCGGAGCCGGAGCCAGGCAAGAAGCCGCUGAGCCUGUGCUCGCCCCUGCCCUGCGUGAUCCCCAUCCCGCCGCUGGGCUACGAGGUGCCCUCCAAGACUCUCCUCAACUACUCGGAGCUGUGGAAGAGCAGCCUGCGGGGCGGCGGGGGGCUCUGCAAAGCCAACUGCGGCGUGUGCUGCAAGGCAGAGCUCGCCCUGGGCCAGCCCAGCGGCCGGCUCAUCAAGCCGCAGGUCAUCCACCAGGCGGGGGCCGUGCCGGCCGCCCCCCGCUCCCUUUACUAUUUCAAUUACCUGGACGCCGCGUACCACCCGGCCGACCUGCUCCACGGACAGCUCUUCCCCGCCGGCCUGCUGGGCGCCCCGCCGCCGGGGGGGCUCUCCGCUCACCAGAAGCUUUUCCUGCUGGAAAACGCCAAGCUGGCGGGGUUGGCGGCCGAGAAGCUGCCGCCGCCGCCGCCCCCCCUGGCGCACAAGGAGAGGCUGCCCGGCCACCUGGACCAGGUGAUGAAGGAGGCGGCGGAGCGCGGGGGCCCCCCCAAAGGCCACGCCAAGCUGGGAGGCGGCGGGGCGGCGGAGGGCAAGCCCAAGAACUUCACAUGCGAGGUCUGCGGCAAGGUGUUCAACGCGCACUACAACCUCACCCGCCACAUGCCGGUGCACACGGGGGCCAGGCCGUUCGUCUGCAAGGUGUGCGGGAAGGGCUUCCGCCAGGCCAGCACCCUGUGCCGGCACAAAAUCAUCCACACGCAGGAGAAACCCCACAAGUGCAACCAGUGCGGGAAGGCGUUCAACAGGAGCUCCACGCUCAACACCCACAUUCGCAUCCACGCCGGCUACAAGCCCUUCGUCUGCGAGUUCUGCGGCAAGGGCUUCCACCAGAAAGGCAACUACAAGAACCACAAGCUGACCCACAGCGGCGAGAAGCAGUACAAGUGCACGAUUUGCAACAAAGCCUUCCACCAGAUCUAUAACUUGACUUUCCACAUGCACACCCACAACGACAAGAAGCCCUUCACGUGCGUCACUUGCGGGAAAGGAUUUUGCAGAAACUUUGAUUUAAAGAAGCACGUCCGAAAGUUGCACGACAGCGUCUCCAGCGCGCCGCCGCCGCCGCCCCGGGACCCUGCGCGCAGCGGGCAGAGCUAAGGGCCCCUCUCGGCCCCGCUCCCCGGGCCAGCACUAUUUAUCCGAGCCAGCCUUUUGCUUCUGUCUCUUCCCCAGCGAGCUCAGCCGCCGGCAGCCAUCGGCCCCGGGCCGCAGCUGUACAUACGAGGAGCCCCCCGAGCUGCAGGAGGGGCCGGCGCCAGGACAGCGCUCUUUAUACGUGUCUGUAGAUCUCCACUUUAAAUGUACGCUCGAAUAAGUGAGGAAUAUAUCUAUAUAUCUAACCUAACCCGGGACAAUAAACCGGCCCUUCGUAGGUGUCUCAUUUCCCUCCUCGGCCCCGGCUCCCAGCCGGGAGCGGGCAGCACGGCGCUGCCCGGGCCCCCCAGGAGCGGCGGGGAGGGCCGGGGGCGCCCCCCGAAGGGCCCGGAGCCCCCCCGAAGGGCCCGGCUCGUUCCGGCGUGUUUCGGCCGCUCCCGAGUGCCCGUCCUUCCCUGCAUGCAGAUGAAACGAUCUCACGCUUGCUUUCCGAGUAAUGACCCAAAUUAAGAGAGAAAACACAGACCCUUCAAAGCGCAUUACAUUAAUCUAAUCACUCCCAGCAGGCCUCAGAAACUCUUUUUGAUCAGAAUAUGGAUAAUCAAGCACUUGGAUUACACUAAAUAUCCCCUUCUCGGCUCCCCCCUUCCCCUACCUUUAAUAUGCAAGUGUCUAUUCCGGCCACGUCGUUAGGAACAAUAUUAUCCUAGCGGAGAAACGAGACCGGGGUGGCCGGGAGCGUGCGUGCUGCUGGGGCCGGGCUUGCCAAUGAAGAGGGGAAGGAGCGAGCCCCAAGUGCCCGGGGACGCCGUGCCGGGAGCUCACCUCUCCCCGCUUCGUUCCGCGGCAGGAGGCGAGGACAAGCGCAGCUCGCCGCCGAGCGCACGGACGGGAGCCGACCCCUCGCACCGCCUUUUGGGAUUCGUUACCGGGCGGCGACGCUGGAGCCCAGAGGGCUUGGCUGGCCCCACAGCCCGCCGCGGGGCUUCGUCCUUGCUCGGCUUUGGGAUUUUGGCGGUGCCAAAAGUUAGAGUUUUGACGCUUCGGGGCCGGGUGAGGCGCGGGAAGCGAUGCGCAGCGAGCCCGGCACCGUGGUACCAUUUGUUGAGGGGAAAAAAA